CUCGGGACCUCAGUGUGCCGUCGAGGUUUGGCCCAGUUGAGGUGCGCUCCGUCGCACCGUUUCCGCUAUGACAUGUGGACCGCAUUUUCGCAUGUUCUGUUCCGGUUGUGCCGCGAAAAUCGCUCAGAAAGUGAGUAUUUGAGACCGACCUGUGUCCGAUCAAUUUCGAAAAGCGUCGCGUUUCGAUGUAACCACUCGAAAUGAGUAGAAAUAUUAUGUCCGAGAGCAGACCCCAUAUAAAUAAAAAUGGGUCGAGCACAUCGCCAUUGUCUGGAUCAACAACACCUAAGGAGGUUACAGGUGACCACGUGUCCGAUUACCUCUUCAGUCAUCCAGAAUUCUUGGAGAGAUACAUCAUGGACGAGGUGGAAGUGGAACAGCUGGAACGUUGGAUCAUCAGAAAAUCCCAAAGGCUGAAGAAGAAACCUGAAGCGACGGCUAAGAAUGGAAGGAAGACGAGUCUGUCCAGGUGGAAAUUUUGCGUGCACGCAGACAAGAGGAAGAUGCUGCAGAAUUUAACGCAGAGCCUGCAACAUAGACCUACGAAGGAUCACGUUUUGUGGGAGCUGGCAAAUUGCAUUUCUUCGGCUGUGAACGCGGAUGGAUUUAAAUUAUUUCUAGUGGACCGUGGCAAUCCUGAAUCCAUGUCCCUUUACCUAGGGCUGGAGUGCAGUCCUGAGGGCGGCGAACCCAGAUUGAAGAAAAUCCAUAGCGGGGUUAGAGUCCCCGCAUACGUGGCUAGAACGGGGGAGACCGUUCGUCUUUCGAGGGGACACUUCGACCCAAGAUUUCCUGAUGGAGUUUUGGAUGAGACUGAGAUGGCGCAUAUAUUAUGUCAGAGCGUUCAACAGCCCGACGGAGAAUUGGCCGCCGUUUUGGAGUUGUGGCGAGGAGAAAGGGGAACCCCAUUCCACGAGGAAGACGAGGAAAUAGCGUCUAGUUACCUCGUCUGGGGUGGGAUAGCACUUCAUUACGCACAUCUCUAUUUCAAUAUGAACCAGCAGAAGAAGCUCAACGAUUUCUUAUUGCAUGUCGUCAAGUCCAUUUUCCAAGACAUGGUCAGCAUGGAGGCCCUCAUCAUGAAAAUAAUGAACUUCGCCCAGAAGCUGGUAGACGCCGACAGGGCCUCAUUGUUCCUCGUCGACAGCAAGAACAAAGAAUUGUACGCCACACUUUUCGACGUGGGUGUCGGUGAGCCCGAAACAGACGCGUCGUGCUCCAACGAGGAGUCCGCCAAAUCGCAAUUCUCCAACGAGAUUCGAAUACCCCUUGGAACCGGCAUCGCGGGAAGGGUGGCUAUGACAGGUGAAAUAUUGAACAUCAAGGAUGCAUACGCGGAUUCCAGGUUCAACAGCACUGUCGAUCAAUUAACCGGUUAUAAAACGAACACAAUCCUAUGCAUGCCGAUCUUCAUCAGGGGCUACAUCAUAGGCGUCGUCCAGAUGGUGAACAAACAUCAGGGUUUCUUCACCAAAGAGGACGAAACAGCCUUCGAGAUGUUCGCCAUUUACUGCGGACUCGCUCUGCACCACGCCAAACUCUACGACAAAAUAAGAAAAUCCGAGCAGAAAUACAAAGUAGCUCUUGAAGUUCUCAGUUACCACAACACCUGCACAGAGGAGGAAUACGUCCACGUCGAGAGGGAUGGUAUACCGGACGAUCUACUCGGAGUGGACGACUAUUACUUCAACCCUUUCCAACUGGAGGAUUACCAGAAGGCUCGCUACUCCAUGUAUAUGUUCACAGAUUUGUUCGGAUUGAGCCUGUUCGAGCCUAGCAGCCUGAUGAGGUUUACCUUGACCGUGAAAAAAAAUUAUCGGAGGGUGCCAUAUCACAACUGGACCCACGGGUUCUCAGUGGCCAAUUCCAUGUACAGCAUCAUCAAGAGGACAGGACCACUCUUUUCGCUGCCUGAAAGAUUGGCACUUUUCGUUGGAGCCCUGUGUCACGAUUUGGACCACAGAGGAAAGAACAACAAAUUUAUGUUGGAAACAGAAUCUCCAAUAGCUUCCAUUUAUUCCACUUCAACAAUGGAACACCAUCAUUUUAACCAAACUGUCACGAUAUUACAACAGGAAGGACACAACAUCUUCGGAAAAUUAACCAACAGCGAGUACAAGAAGGUUCUUGGACACUUGAAGAACUGCAUCCUAGCAACGGACUUGGCCCUCUACUUCGCCAAUAAAGAAAAGCUCUCGAACCUCGUGGAAACCAGAAGCUUCUCUUGGGCAAACCCCGACCAUAGAUUGCUUCUACGAGCUAUAUCCAUGACCGCGAGUGACCUCAGUGCUAGUGCCAAGCCGUGGGAGAUACAAGUGAAAACUGUAAAGAUAAUUUUCGAGGAAUUUUACCAGCAAGGUGACGCUGAAAAGGCCAGUGGAAGACAGCCGAUACCCAUGAUGGACAGGGACCAGCCCGAGCAGCAAGCUUCUUCCCAAGUGGGAUUCUUGAAAAACAUCUGUUUUCCAUGUUACAGCUUGUUGUACAAACUCAUUCCCGAAUCUAAACCAUUAUUAGAUAUGUGCGAACAAAAUUUGAAAAAAUGGGAGGAGAAAGAAAAAGAGAUGAGAGUUAAAUAAUGCGAAAUCUAUUUUUUAGUGAAGAGUUCACAGGAAUAUCUAGUCCCACACUGCUAGUCUGCAGAAGUGAAAUUAAUGUAUGACGGAAGUAAUAACGAACAACUCUAAUGUUCUCUUAUUCUAGAUCCUCCCCAAAUUUCCUGAAUAAAGAAGGAGUAUCAUACUGAGAAUGCUACACUAAUAGAAUGAAGAUAACUGUAAGAAAACAUUAGGCAAGUUCUUAAAGAAUUGACCCAAUCAAACUAUCAAACAUAGCAUCUUCCGAAUCGAAUCAUGGGUAAUAAAGACUUAUUUUCGGGAGGCAAACUGUCCUCAAGAAAUAUCAACACAGUCACUAAUUACAUAAUCUCCAUUACCACUUGAAAAGAUGUGAAUUAAAGAAAUUGCAUUUUCGGUUGAUAACAUAUUUUCCCACAUAUUUUAAGAUAAAGUGAUUAAACAUUGACUCAUUAUUUUGAGCAAAUGAGCGAUAGAUAAAACGCAGGUUGUUAACAAAAUCGGCACAAUCACAGAGAAACGAAUAAUAAAUUGAUUGAUUACAGUUCAAAUGUUUAUUGUUCGGAAGGAAAUGAUUUGUGAGUGAGGAUUUUCUUACUGUGAUUUUCCUGUCACAUCUAUGUUAUCAGAAAUGUGUGUAGUUCUUCUUCAAAAAUGAGAAAUGAACAUAUUUAUUAUACGAAAACUUUCAAUGUGAAAUAAGAUUAUUUAAUUUUUUUAUAAAAAUAAAAAUAUAUUUUCUGAUAUUUUAA